AUGACAAAUUCAGACCCGACACCGGGUCUUGCAACAACAUACUACCUUUCGUCCACCUUUUCUCACCAUUGUCCUCGAGGACCUAGAGCAAGUAGACCUGUAGUGUCACCUUCAGGUGCUCAUGCAGUGUACCUACUUGGCCCGCGACUUAUUGUACGUGCACUGGCUUCCCGGUCGCCAUCUUCAUCCACCGUGUCGUAUCUAGCAGCACGCCGUGUCAUUGAUCUAAGUCCGGCACUUAAUGGACGUCAAGCAUCUGCUGUGCAAAUGGCCUGGGAUUCAUCAUACUUUCAUCUGCCUUUUGAGAGCAUCAAAGAUAAUACCGAUUACCAACAAGAAAAAGUAAUAAUCGAAGACAGACUGGCUGUGGCAAUAGGGCUUACCGUUUACAUGUUUCUCUUCGAGUCGCCAACAAAAGAUCCAGCUCAAGAAUCUAUCCGCGUGCUCCCGGACGGUGCUGACAGUAUUCUUCAGUUUCCUGCAUCACUCGUUCUCCCGUCGUCAGCAACUCCGCGUUCACGCGCACCCCACAAAACACACUCGGGUCGUAACUCACCCUCGUCACGGGCCCAACCGCUUGAAGCUCUCCCAGCACUCGGUGUAUGUGGCAUUCAAUGGCUUCAGGGGUACUCAAUGUCACUUUCUGGAACCGUGGAACCCACGGUGCGUCUGUGGGUGCUUGUUGGCGACCACGCAGCGGGUCCCGUUGCUGCUGCACUGUGCUCGACUAACCAGAUUCUGCAAUAUUUUCGGAACCCCAAAUCGAAUCAUCGGGUCCAUGUGAUAGGCCACGAUGAAAAUUCUUCACAUUAUUAUCCAGGAGUUAAUUCACCUAGCUCGUUGUUUGCGGUUGUAACGCGUGAAGGACCUAAUGAUACCGUUGUGCUAUUUGAUCUUGAUGGAACAGUCUGCCCACAAAGUCUUACUCUCGGGCACUUGGACUCUCGACAUGUUGAAAUUUCUCCGUCAGGGCUAUGGGUUGCAUCAAGUGAAAUACCUGCGGCAGGGUACUCUGUAUCUUUACACGCGACGCUGGGUAGCUCUGAACCUUUACACACGUACUGUGGGCCGUACGUAAACAGGUCUCACGGGCUUGACGUUUAUGGUGUCGGGGUUUUAUGCUGGACCAUCAUUGAUUCUCGAGAAUAUCUUUUGGUUGGCGAUGCGGCCGGGCGAGUCACUGUUUUGGAUGCAGAGCUUCUUAUGCGACCUGUCAUUGUGCUUCUCGCACAUAGUACAAAUACCCUUUUCGAUGACAGCGACGAAGAUACCCAUACAGUGUGGCAGGAAACACUGGAUAAAAAUACCGGACUUAUACGGUACGCUGCUGGUUUUGGCUUGCACCCGAGUAAUGCGCCAACAACUAGCAAUGCCAUUUUGCACAUGUGUGUAUCUCAGCGUUAUGUUGCAACAGUCGUGCGUAGUUGUCCCCAAAAUGUGUAUUUGUGGGAGCUUCUGCUUGACAAAUCUACAGAACCUGCUCAGCAACAGAAACAACGGACCCGGCUGAUAAGUGUUUUUAGUCACACGUCGCAUAUCACACGUAUCCAAUUUCGCAACAUGACUACAACAACAGGCUCUUCUGCUGCAGCAGGUUCUGCACACACACAGCUUCUCAUUGUCCCAAUGGACGGACACAUUGUAGGGCUCUGGGAUAGCACGUCGACAACUCCACCGGAUAUCCUUCAGUUCGUAGAUUUAAUGCACGAGGAACAAGAUGCGCCAGUUUCUUCUCGCAAAAAUUUUGGCGCUACCUGGGCUAAUUCUCAAUGUCCUGAUGAGUUUGGUGUAGUUGCAUGGAACUCGCGCGCGUUUACGCUUUUCCACAAAACAUUGGUUGCACCCGAUUUUGAUGCCCAAAGGCCACAGUCUACAGACUCAGAAAUUGAAAGACAGCGCGAGGGAAGCCCAUUUAUUACAAAUAACGAAGAUGCGCAUGCCCGCAAGCUUGAGGCUGAAGUCAAAGAACGAGAAUGGGGAUUAGCGGCACAUAUUGCCCAUGCUGGGGCUGAUGAUCCUGAGGAUGUUUUGACAGAUGAUACCUUUGUUUUUGUCAAUUCGCGUCGGCGCAACAAGUCUCCAAUUCGAACUAAUACCGACGCACAGAAUUAG